CGUUCGAUUCUCUACUCAACUUAUCACACCACAUCAAUGGAGAAUCUGAACAAGAAAAAGUUCGCUUGGUUGAUAAAGAACUUUUCCUCUUUGCCAUCUGACAAGCUUUAUUCUGCACCAGUUCUGAUCAGUGGCUUCUAUUGGGAUCUUUUCACAUAUCCCAAGGGAUAUAAAGGUGGUGAUUCGUUGGUUGUGUCUCUCGCUAUUACCGAUGGUCAAUCAUUGCCUUCUGGAUGGGCAAGAUACGUUAAGUUUCAUCUAACUAUAGUAAACCACCUUUCACAUGAACUCUCUAUACACAGAGAGACAAGUAUUUGGUUUGAUCAGAAAGCUCCAGGAUGGGGUUUAUCAGGAAUGCUUCCCUUCGCCAAACUUCAUGACAAAGAUGGUGGUUUCCUGGUGAAUGAUGAACUAAAGAUUGUUGCUGAAAUAGAGGCUCUUGAAGUUAUUGGCAUGUUAGAUGAGUCUAAAGAUUUGCUUGAGAAGACUUUCAUGGAUGUCAAUGGGUUUCAAGUUCUUCCUUCACAGGUGGAAGCUGUGAGAGGGAUAUUUGAAAGACAUCCAGACAUUGCAGUAGAGUUCCGUGCAAAGAACCAGAAUCUGAGGACAGCAUGCAUGAACUUCUUGCUCGGUCUUAGUGAGAUGUUUUCAAAAUCAGUUCAGGAGCUCUCUGAUGAAGACCUGGUGGAAGCAGACAUUGCGCUGACAUACUUGAAAAAUGCAGGGUUUAAGGUUGAUUGGCUUGAGAAGAGUCUGGACCAAGUCAAAAGAACAUAAAGAGAAGAGGUUCUCUGUACAAGAAUCUCCUCCAUCAUUUGUGUUUGUAAUAUGAAAGCUGAGUGACAAGAAAAACACAAGUAAUCUGUCUCUAAAUAAAUGGUUAUUCCUGCAUAAGAUUUUUAACUACA